AUGCUCGCAAUCGAUACAUCGCCAUCCCAGACAUGUGGAUUCUUGACUGCGAUGGAGAUGUCUUUGGAGGCAGACGGCUAUGGCUCCGGCCUGGGAAGAGCUUCAUAUGCAACAGAUCAUGCCGAAUUUGCGCUGGGCAAUAAGACUAUAUCGAGGCAGCAUUUGCUGGUAAAGGUUGAUCCUAUUCAACCCAUCGACUGCGCUCGUGGCGACUUUCGAAGUAAAUUGACGUUGAUCGAAGGAUGUGGAGCAAUCGAGAACGGUGUUGAGAAGGGAACGAAGAUUGGUACGUUGCUUAAUGGAGAGCAAAUUCGCGCCAAAACAGUUGUCCUGGACCGCGAUGAGAAUGUGCUCAAGCUUGGCAGAUUUGAGGUGGCUUUUCGGCUUACCUGGGUACCGUUCACAUUUACGUUUUCCUUCUCGACUGCCGAGCUGAAGACUAUUCCCUACCCCUCCCUCCGCGAGCGUCUUGCCCCUCUCGAUAUCCGGGUACUUGACCAUUUCGAACGCGGCUAUGUAACUCAUGUGGUUGCGAAGAAGCGAAACACAUCCAAGGGUCUACAGGCUUUGGUCAAUGGGAAAUACAUUGUGCACAACGAUUCUUUUUUGCAAGCUCUCGUAGCUGCUGCCACUUCGAGCACCCCAGAUGGACCUGCCCCCUUAGAGGAAGAUUUCGACAAUAACCUUCCUGACCCUCUGAAUUACCUGCCUGCGAGAGGGGCAGAACAAACACAGCAAUCUGCUGAGGCAUAUGCUCCAGAUCCCGCUCGUAAAGAUAUGUUUGAGGGGUAUACAUUUGUUUUCUAUAACAAACAGCAAUUUGACCAGCUCCUCGCCCCUAUCACCGAAGGUCGUGGCAAAGCAUUACUACGACAGGCUAUCCCACACGAAACAACUGUUGACGAGUUCGUGAAAUAUGUCAAGCAGGUAGCAGGGGAGAAGGGGCUGGGUGAGUUUGAGGACGGAAGUGAAGGCAAAGGGGUUGUCGUCGUCAGAUUCAAUGCCAAGAAGGGCGACAACCCGGAAUGGUACGCGGAUUUCGGUCAACAGGUUUCCUUGCGCCUAGAUCACCGACUCAUUGAGCAAAGCGACUUCCUAGAUGCCAUUCUCGGAAAGGAUGCAAGCGUCCUCAGAAGGCCCCUUUUAGAUGAACCAUCAGGCGUUACAGCAUCUCCCCCUACGGCUGCCUCUGUUGGGAGCCCUCAAACUCUCCAAAACUCGGCGCCAGCACCCACACCGGUAGAAACGGCACCGCCUGAACCUCCUAAGCGAGGUAGACGACGCGCAGGUAGAGCCAAGUUCAAUGGGUUUGAGGAUGAUUUUACAGGUCCCAUCAGCUCGAGUAUGGUUGAGCCAGAUCCUGAACCGAUACCUGUCAAUGAGCCUCUACCCGAAGAAAUUGUGUAUUCCCAAAGUCUAUUCGUUUCUCAAAAUCCUGACCAGGAAAUCUCACAAGCCCCGGAGCCAGAAGUUAGGACGAGUCAGAAGAGGCGUGUUAGCCAGGUAUUAGAAGAGGAGGAGGAGGAGGAGGAGAUUGCUCCAGUUGCAGCCGCUCUUAAGAGGCGCCGACUUGCAACUGAGGCUGAUCGUCGACGCAAAGGAGAGCUAACACCGCCGCCUGCUCCUCCCCCGCCAAAGGCAGCUACGCCAAGUCCGGUCGCCAAGAAAGAACCAGCCACCAAGGGAAAAUCGAAAAGGAUCAAGAAAGAGGAAAAAGUCGACAUUAUAGAAGUGGCACGUCAAAAAAGGGAGUUGGCCGAGGCCGAGGCAAAGGCUGAGCGAGAAUCUAUACAGCCGCAGGACUCCAAUAUUGACAUCAAGAACGUACAAAAUCUCACUCUGUUCGGAGAGAUGCCUCUCCGAACCAAGCCAGCACCCAAGAGAACUGUGCGGGCAGACGAGAGCGAGAACUGGGAGAAUAGGUGGACUCACCUGAAGAACUUCAAGAAGUUUCGUCGUCGACCAGGUGAUGAUUCCGCGAGGGGGUUCGACAAGGUUAUUGUGCCGCUCGAGGUGGUUAAGACGAAAGACUUUGGCCUCGGAGAUGGAUAUUGGGAGAAUGAGAUGCAGCGUAAGAAGAAGGGCAAGGGCAAGGAAACGCAGGAUAUGACCCAGGUGGAGUCGCAGCGGAGACCGCAGGAAGCCGCUGUAAAAGCUUCGAGAAAGAUCUUGGCGAGUGAGCCCGAGGAUUCUGACCAAGCAGCAGCAGGGGCCGAGGUCAUCUCGGAAUCAGAGGACGAAGUUGUGGCACCGGUAGCCAAGGGCAGGGCUACACGGGCGCACCAGCAGCAGAUAUUGGCGGGCAAGACGAGUAAAUCGCAGGACUUGCCGGCGGCAACAAGCCAGAAGAGAGUAGCCGCUACGACGUUGACAAAGCCGGCGCUAGCGAAGAAGGCGAAGGUGGCUGCGAUUCGGAAGCAGCCCGAGCCGGAGGAGCAGAGUGACGAUGGGAGCAGUGACGAUGGGCUGAAGUUCCGUUUUAAGAAGAAGAAGGCUUGA